AUCAUUACCUUGUGCUCUUUACAUCAUAUCAUCACUUUGGUGAUCAGUCUUGAAUAGCUGUAGCUGAAGGUCUACGUACUGUAAUAACUGUCAGAAUGGCAUUUAAUCAACAGCCGUUUAACAACCCGGCUUUUCCUCCACAGCCAGGUUUUCCUCCUCAGCAGGCCAUACCUCCUGUAUGUGGGUUUCCUUCAUACCCAUCUGCAGUCGGCUAUACGGUCCCAUACAAAACGAUAAUCAACGGUGGAUUAUAUCCUGGCAAAAACAUUCUCAUCCAAGGAAUUAUUAACCCUAAUGCUAAUAGAGUAGCGUUUAACCUGUGUCACAGAACUGGGAUUGCAUUGCACUACAAUCCCCGAUUUGAUGAGAAUGUGGUUGUUCGAAACAGCCAUAAAAUGGAGAAGUGGGAUGCAGAGGAACGGUUUGGAGGCAUGCCAUUCCAAAGAGGACAACCUUUUCAGGUCACCAUCACUUGCAAUCCCCAUCAUUACAAUGUGUUUGUCAAUGGCCAACAAGCACACACUUUCAAUUACCGUUACACAAAUCUGCAUGAGAUUGAUAUUUUGGAGGUUUGUGGGGAUGUACAGUUAACUUUUGUGCAGGUUUAACACAGAUUUCCUUUUUGAUAAAUCACCAUAAACCAUGUUUUUGGCUAAAUUAUGUUUGACAAUUACGUAUACAAGGUAUAUUCAUCCAGGCCACUCUUAUGCUAAUUAAAUGAACAUUUAUAAAAAUUGUGUCUGUAAAGUGUAAGCAUGUACACCUGUAG